UUUUUUUUUUUUUUUUUUUUUUUUUUGAGCUUGACAAAAUUCUUAUCAUUAAUUCUUCACGUUUUCUCAAUUUUACAAAUGAAUUUUGUCAAGAAACUCAACCAAUAUUUUUGUCAAGAGUUUUAUAACUCGACCAAUAUUUUCUGGCAACACAAUCGCAGGCUCCUUUUGAAUGGCAAUCCAACAGCAGAACACAACCUUGACAAAACCAUAAGCAAAUGGGUCAGAGCCAUCAUGGCGGUCAUACUCAUUCUUGCGUCACUCCUUUCUCUCUUCCUCCUCAAAUGCGCGCGGCGCCGCUUCUUCAAUCAUCGCGACCCCGCCGCCACGUCAGCACACAGCGACAAGGUUUCUGCCCUUCCUACGUUCAAAUACGGCAGUGAUUCAUUUCCGGCUUCUCCCUCUUCUUCUUCUUCUUCAAAGAUGCCGUUUAAUCCUGAAACAAGCUGUGCUAUAUGUUUGGCCGAGUACGUGCAUGGAGAGGAAGUUAGGGUUUUGCCCAAGUGUAAGCAUAUGUACCAUAAACCUUGUAUAGAUCAGUGGCUGGUGUUGAAGUCUUUGCACUGUCCCCUUUGUAGGGACCGCACGAUCGAAUGGGACGUGGAGCCCACGAGGACCAGUAGCACCAAUAGUCUUGAUCCAAACGUGGUGUUGAAUUUUGGCUUUGCCAAUGGCUCGGUUUCGGUGUUACGCCCAGGCCUUUGAAUUUCUUCUGACUGGUUCAUUCUUUGAGUAAAAGGUGGAAAACGAAAGUGAGUUUCGAGUUUGACCUCCUAUAUAUAGAGUCCAUUUGGAUAAGUUGUUAUAAAAUGGUGUUUUGAGUUUAA